UUAGAGAGUCGUCGGCGUGGUCCUCCAUGCAGAGAGAUGAAGACUAAUGGAGGGAAAAGAGAGCGAGAGAGCGAGGAGGGGGCUGGACCUCACUGAGCUCGCAUCACCCUCAGCAUCCUUUCACACACGUUGGAUCACUUGAGCUCCAUUUGACAGAACGCGCGGCCGGACCAGCACACACUGCCCGGUACGUCUGUAAGUGUGUCUUCUUUUUCUGCUCUGGCGUCUGUUUUUGCGUCUUUGGACUCAUCCUCCCACUGACUCUGCUGGAUGCUGCUGAGCAGUUUUGCAGCACUUUGGCAAAAGGAGCUGCGUGCACGGAGCAGAUGCUGCGCGCCGGGGGUGAUCAUCAUCCCCCCCCGCAUCACCGUGUCCGUACCUGCAUCAGCAUCACCAAUCACCAUCUUGGCGCCAUCAGCAGCGUUUUGGGGAGGUUCCGCUGGUUAGAACGCUCAGGCCGAGUGUGUAAAUCACAUCAGGAUGCAUCAAGUGAUCCAGUCCACAAGGAGACAGAAGCUGUGAGGGAAAAGAUGGACCGCCAGCAUCGUCAUCACCUGAAAGUUCUUCACUGAGACGGCUGCAGUUUAGCAAUGACCAAGCACCUUCUUCUGCUUCUCCUCUUUCUGAAGCUGAAUGUUGUUUUCCUGGCCGAGGACCACCUGAAAGAAGCGUGGCCUCGUUUCCCUGACCCGGAGAGCCGAGCUCCUGAUGGCGAUGUAGCUUUUAAAGAAGAAGGACAACCUCACGAGCCAACGUUCAGGUCCAGUGAGGAGUCGGCAAGCCUGCCUGAACUCUCAGAGUCGUCCAAUGGGCCACGGAGGCCGCGUUCUCGCCCCAAGAGGAGCUGGCUGUGGAACCAGUUCUUUGUCAUCGAGGAGUACCGAGGCCCUGAACCCGUGCUCAUUGGACGGCUGCACACGGACAUGGACAGAGGGGACGGACACACCAAGUACACGCUGGAGGGCGAGGGGGUGGGCUCGGUGUUUGUCAUCGACAGCAACACGGGCAACAUCCAUGUGACCAAGUCUCUGGACCGCGAGGAGAAGGACCAGUACCGUCUCAUCGCCACGGCCACAGACCGCCUGACGGGCCGGGCGCUGGAACCCUCCUCUGAGUUCAUCAUCAGAGUGCAGGACAUCAACGACAACCCGCCCGUCUUCCCCGGCGAGCCCUAUGUCGCCACCGUGCCGGAGAUGGCCCAUAUCGGCACGUCCAUCAUCCAAGUGACAGCCAGAGAUGCUGAUGAUCCUGCGUAUGGAAACAGCGCCCAGCUGGUCUACGCCAUCACUGAAGGACACGACUAUUUCUCCGUGGACCCUCAGACAGGCGUCCUGAGGACCGCCAUGCCCAACAUGGACCGAGAGGCUCAGGAGGAAUACUUGGUGGUCCUCCAGGCCAAAGACAUGGGGGGCCACCUGGGGGGCUUGUCUGGGACCACCACCGUCACGGUGCGGUUGAGCGACGUCAAUGACAACCCGCCUCACUUCAGACGCAGUGCGUGGUCCUUCUCCGUGUCGGAGCUGGCGGCUCCGGGGGUGGAGGUGGGCCGCCUCACCGCCACAGAUGCCGACGUGGGCGAGAACGCUCUGCUGGAAUUCAGCAUCCUGGAUGCCGAGGAGGCCCAAACCUUCAACAUCAGCUCAAAGGAGCGGGAGGCCGUCAUCGUGCUGAACAAACUGCUGGAUUACGAGGCUCGUAAUUCCUACUCCUUCACGGUGGAAGUGGUAAACCCGCUGGUGGACCCCCGCUACCUGAAGAAAGGACCCUUCAAGGACCAGGCGAUGGUGCGUGUGAUGGUCCUUAACGCCGAUGAGCCGCCCCGCUUCUCCCAGGCUUGGUACCAUAUGGACGUGUCAGAAAACUGCCCCCCCGUCUGCUCUGUGGGCCGGGUGCAUGCCGUGGACCCUGACACGGGCCAGAGCGGCAACAUCAGGUACUCCAUCGAUCCUCAGUCGGACCCGGAGGCUCUGUUCCGCAUCGCUUCUGACACGGGAUUCAUCAGCGCCGUGACGGAGCUGGACCGCGAGCAGGAGCAGUGGCACAACAUCACUGUCAUGGCCACGCAGAGGGACAACCCCAAUCUGGUGUCGAGGGUGGUGGUUGCCGUGGAGACGCUCGACCAGAAUGACAACGCGCCAGAGUUGGACAGACAGUACGCAACAUCCGUGUGCGACUCCAGCGCCCCGGGGCAGGUCGUUCAGGUUCUCCGAGCCGUCGACCGAGACCCGGGAGGCCAGGACGGCCCGGUCCACUUCAGCAUCCCCCCGGAGUCCAGCUCUGCCCUCAACGUCUCCAUCAGGGAAGGCGGAGGCGUGACAGCCAGCCUGGUGCUCCGGUCGGCCUUGGAGCCGCUUCCCGGAUACUCGUCGUCUUUGGUCACUCUCUACGUGCCGGUGGUGCUGCGCGACGGAGCCUCGGGCCUCGCCAACACCGGCACGGUCACGGUGACCAUUUGUCCGUGUCUGCGGGGGGGCAUGCGGACAGAAACCAAAGCUCGGGAGCGGCGUUGGGAGAGACGGGCAGUGUGUCGCCCGGCGCCCUCCGCCUCGCCCUCGCUGGUCUUCAGCCUGGUCACCUUGAUGGCCUUGCUGGCCUGCGUCACCACUCUUCUGGUGGUGUGCGCGCUCUCGCUGUCGCUGCGCCAUCAUAAGCGAGAUGCCCACUCGGCCUCGGAGGAGGAUGACGUCAGGGAGAACAUCAUCUCCUAUGACGACGAGGGGGGAGGGGAGGCGGACACGGCGGCCUUUGACAUGGCGGCGCUGCAGAGCAUGCACAGAAUGCAGCACGUGCACGCCAGCAGGAACAUAUGGUACACGCAACAGGCAGCACCGCGGGCCAGAACGUACAGCAUGAGUCGCAACCUGUACCCGGGCGCGGACUCUCAGCAGCAGCAGCAUCAUCGGCCUGGCUCGGCGCCGCUCUACGGGCGCCUUUGCUACAGCAUCCACACGCUCCCCGUGCUCCGGGACGACCCCACCGGGCCGCUGGAGGCCGGCGUGCAGCUAGGUCAGCACACCGGAGCUCCUUUCAACAGCGCCUCUGAAGCGGUGCGACAGCGCCCCACCGAGACGGGCACCAGUAGUUUGAUGGCAGCGCACAAGCUGAGCAGACUGCCCGUCAGGAGUGAAGCCUGCGGCAAAACGAUUGUGGCCCAGAACCACAACCAGACCCACUCUAAGAUAAAGCCAACUGAGGUCCAGUCCACGCCGCUUGGCGGUCCCGCCAGUCUGACUUGUUCCGAGCCGACCGGUUCUUCCUGCCAAAGUCCGAGCAGCUCGACUGCGAACCAGACCCUGAUCAGCACCGGCGCCACCAGCUGCACCAUCGACGACAUCGACACCGAUUCCUCACUCCCGUCCGUUUCCGAGCAAAGUUUCCCAAACGGGGGUGAGAGCGCCCCCGCCAGGGUUCCCGUUUACCCGCCAGUGGACACUUACAGCAUCGUGGGCUCACUGAACGGAAGCGCCCGCGGUGGGCUUGGAGUGGGCGGCUCGCAGCUGCUCAACAUGAUGUCUCCUUUGUCCAAACCCUUCCCCGGGGCGGCCUUUGCUCUCAACAGGGGGUGGAGUGCGGAGGCGGAGCCUGUGAGGACCUCUCAACCCUUACGCAUGGAGGACCUGCUCAGUUUCCGCCUGGAUCAGGUGACCUCAGACCCGUCGCAGCCGCCCUACGACUCGUUGCAGACUUACGAGUUUGAGGGCCGCGACUCCCGGGCCGAGUCGCUGAGCUCGCUGGGGAGCGGCGAGGGCGGGAAGGACGAGGACGGAAAAGACGAGGGCGGGAAAGCGGCGGGGGGGAUGGAGGAGUUAAACGUGAAGUUCCAGCGGCUGCUGGAGCUCAUCAGGGACAGGAAGAGCAGGAAGGAGCAGGAGAAGGAGGCUGACGACUCUCCUACACGGACCACCCGGGACCAAGGGAAAGAGGUGCAGAGGUGGGACUUUUAGGGAGGAGGCGCCCCCCAUGUCCCUGGCAACAAGCCGUGCACAGCGCAUCACUUUCACCUCCACCGUCACUUUGCACUAAUGCACGGGAAUCCUUUACGCAGCAGCUAUUAAUGAAUAUGGAUGACUGCAUAUGAAUAUUCAUGAGCACUUGGGAUUUCAAUACAAGACCCAUGAAAAAUUUACACGGAUUCAAAUAUUGAAAUUGUUAGAAAAUAGGCCCUCAUUUAAUAUUGAGCAGAAUAGUGAUAUUUAAUAUUGAUACGGCUGGAAAAUGACAGGAAUGUUCACAGAGUGCAACUGUUGCACUCGCCACGUUUUGCUGCCCCCGGGUGGUGGUGGUAUGAACUGCACAUGGAUUAAAAGAUGAUUGGUUUUCACUCGCAAGGCUGUGGUGUACUCUUGGAAAUAGCAACACAUGCCGUCCUGCGUAUUCUUGUGGACUCAAGCUAAUGGGGGAGGGGGGGAAUCCUACAGCGACACACCCUCACAAAAUCAUUGUAGAACCUCCAAAGUCAUCUUUGACUACAUAAUUAAAAACCCGCAUUGCCGAAAUCAUGUCAAUGUAAUUCAUCUGUUCCAGUGUCAAACUGUGGCCUUUAAUUAGCUGUAUUGGCUGUUUGUCACAUUGUAACAUUCUUAACUUUCAUACAAGUGUAAAAAGAAGACAACGCUUGCUAACUGUUAAAUGCAAAAACCAGAAAACCCUCAGUCUCGACUCUCCUAACGGCCAUUCAAGGGUAAAAAAGUUAAGCAGUGUUAAUAUUGAAAUGAAAAAAAUCAGAAAAUGCUCAGUCUAGACCAGAGGUCGGGAACCUUUUUGGCGAAGAGAGCCAAGAAAGCCACAUAUUUAAAAACGUAUUUCUGAGAGAGAUUCAUUUAGCCUGUUAGCUUCUUCUCCUUUAGCUUACACAGGUAGGGAGUUUGCUAACGACUAUUGACCGCAACAGGAAAGUCAGAAGGAGAUUGAUUGACAAUGGUCUACAGCCAAUCAGGACGCAGAACAGAAUGGGUGGGUUCUCCCUUAGCUAGUAAGUACUGUUGUGGUUCUAUAUUUAGCUGGCUAUCGUCUAUCAUGAGAUGCAUGAGAAUUUUUUAUUAUUUUGAACAUUAAUACUGUGAUUUCUACAACGUUUUACUUUAAAAUGUAGGUAGAAAAAAAUGUAAAUAUAUUUUUUUAUGGUGUUAAGUAAUGUCUGAGCCAGAUGCAGCCAUGAAAAGAGCCAAAGGUUCUUACCUCUGGUCCAGACUCUCCUGUCAUAUAAAAGUGAAAAGAAGCCAUCAAUUGGCAACAGUAUGCAGCAGUGGUUCUCUGUCAUGCCGCCACUGGGGGACAGUAAUGUUUUUGCGCCCCCCCAAUUUGAAAUACUUUUGAGAAACUGAUAAUAUCUAUUUAUUUAUCUGUACAGUACAGACUGAACUCCAAACUGAAACCAGCGAAAUGCAACAGAAUGGAGAGCAGUGAAGCAUACACGAAUAUUCAAGAGUCCAAAUUGCAGUUCAUUCAUAAGUGAAUUUACGCAAAGUAGGAUUCAGUAUUAUUCAAUGGAAUAUUCUCAUAGUUAUGGCAUAGAAAACUUGUUUACGCACUUGUAAAUACAGUUUUUAACAUUAUUAGAGCCCUCAAUAACACCCCUAUAGUCAAAUUUAUAUUUGUAUUACCCAAUAUAGUAGAUAUAAUCAGAGAAAAUAAGACAUGUUAGACAUAAAUAAGAUAGCAGACUCACACGUUAGCAGUUCCUCGUUGUUUUUUCUGGACAGCGUACUUUACACUCGUAUUAUCCAAUAUAGUAGACAGAAUAAAAGUAAAUAAGCUAUGUAAGAUGUAAAUAAAACUCCUGCUCAGGCAGUGUCACAGUAAAUGCAGUGUCACAGUAAAUAUGUCCCCUAGGGAACCUUAGUGGGGAGUCUAGUGCCUGUCUCACCGAACACCGACACCCAGUGGUCAAUGUAGAAUACGGCAGUACAUUCACAAUUACAAUGCUUCUUUUGGCUUGUUAUUUGUAUUUUAGUUCAUUUAUUUACAUCAUUUAGCCAUUUUAUGCUUGAAAAUACUUCAUUUAGGCCAAGAAUAAGUACAAAAAACUAAUAGGCCGUAUUCAACCACGAAACGGUGAUCAAACAAUAAAAUGCUCAGUCUCGGCUCUAUAGUCUUGACUCUCCUAACUGCCAUUCGAGUGUAAAAAGAAGUUAUGAGGGGUUCAUAGUAAACGGCAAAAACCAGAAAACAGCCAUCUUACCUUUAACAUGAAAUGACGUGGUGGCAAAAGCCAAAGAAAAAGUAGAUUGUCCCAUGCUGGCUGCACUUUUGCAAAAUGUUGAAGGUAAUGUUGGACGUAUUUUCACCUGAAAAUGUGUCUGGACGUCCGUAUUGUACGACUCCAGAGGUUCCGCUGUUAGUGACCUCAACCAGUGUUUCCAUUCAUGACCUCGAUCAAGCACAAAUGGAGCUACCUAUUUCAUCAGGACGCCGCUGCUUGUCGCCAAACACUGUUGAAAGGCACGUAGGCUGAGGGUGCAUUCGUGUAAAAUGUGCUCAUUUUUGGUGCAAAUCCAAAUAGAUGUUCCCUUUUUAAAUUUUUUCGGUUCCACGUGUGACGGGGCAGUGAUCCACCAGAUCCAGCGGAUGGCGUUGUGGUUGUUUUAGCCUUGCACCUGCUUCUUAAUGCAUAUUACUGCCACCUGCAGGCCUGGAGUGGAACAGCACCUCCCUGGAAAAACAGGGCUUUUUAUCAGACACAUGCCUUUCAAAAAAGAAUAAUUGAUGAAUUUUAGUGGGAAAAGUGAGAGACGUGAAUGUGGAAGAGCCUUUAUAGUUGAUGUUUUUAAUCAUUUGCCAUAUUAGCACCCCGCCUUUCGAAAAGGCAAAGCAGGUUAGGAUGCAGAAAGCAUCGUGGAGGACGCAGCAAAAGAUUGUCACUCGCUGCGGUGACUCACUCC